GCAAUAUGGAUUCUAGGAAAGGAGAGGAACCACCUCUAACACGAUACAGAGGAUCUUUCCAACCCGAAACAGCAAUUUUUGGCGCCUAAACUCUUAAAUGAAAUGGAUAAAUGCUCAGGAAAGGAAAAUAAUAUCUCAUCGGACGACAUAUUGAAAGCUUUAGAUCGCUUCGGUAAUGGCUCCAAAACUCCAAGCCCUGUUGGGGAAGACAGAGGUAGGUAUCGGAAGUCUCGAUUUGAGUUAGUUUUGUCGUAAGUGAUGACAAUUUUCCGCUAUGUCUGUAUGUGAUAAAGAACAAUAUAGUACAUUUUUUUAGCGGUAUUAGUUUGAAAAUGUGUGAAGGAAAGCUUGAUCAAGAUCUUCUUCGAUCGACCCGAUGUUUACAAUCAGUUACAAUGUUGCUUCAUGUGAUAUGCGUCAUGUCAUUUACCUUAUUGAAGUUACGUUAUAAAUGGAUUGUCGAUCUUGACUUAUUCAGUCUUCGAAUAGAGAUAUAUUUUCGUCAGCUUUCUUCCCGGAAUUACCAAUUUUUUUUAUUAUGUGUGACGUUAUGAACUCACUUCGAAUGAGCAUACAGUGAAUUUGCAGACGACAAUAUAUGCUGGUGGUCCAAUUUCAAUUCCGGUUCUUGGGAAAAAAUUGACACAUGAAGUCGAUUUUCCGUUUCAGUAUAAAUAAUAGUUUUGCGCUUGAAAUCAAAUCAACUCAGAUUAAUUCUGAAGUGAACUUUGAGGUUGAAGUGAGCGCACUGAACUAAAGAUUAACUAAGAGAACUAAGCUUAUUCUGUUUAAAUUUUAUUCGAUUCAGAGUAAAAAUGUCUCAAGACGUCCAAGCUUUUUUUAGAUUUAAUGAAGCCAUUUUCUUCCAAAGGGUAGUUUAUCAAAACAUUUUACAGCGCAGUUUUUUUUAAAUGGCCGCUGAAUAAAAUGUAAAAUUGUUUUUUCCUUUAACAAGGAUGAACCUGUGUGGUAAUUUCUUGUGAAGAUGAGCGUUUUUAUUGCCUAUCCAAAUCUGUUUUUUUUUGCGCGAUUUUCUCGCCGCAGUACGAUUUGUUUCAGUUAGUUUUAAGUCGGUCUCCUCUGACGGAAGAAAUAUUAUUUCAUUACCAAGAAAGCAAGAAGGACUAUCAUGUUUAAUAAUUCAGUAUCCUAGAUAAAUAGUUUUCUGUUGAAGAAAAUCCCAGAAACUGAUGCAAAUCCAGGUUCUGAUAAUUAAGAAUUCAAAACUGUCAUAUGUAGUUCAUGCAUGUAUAUUAAGCAAUUUUAGAUCUUUGAAGACUGAAUAAUCAUGGUUCUGAAAUCAUACUUAAUUCAAAAAGUCUUUUCUUUAUUUAUUUUUUUAACCUUAAAAUUGAUCUAAUCUAAAAAGUUUUGGAGUAACAAAAACUAUAUUCUAAUAAUGGUAUUGAAUUUUCUUUUCUUCCCAUGGGAAUAUGAUCAUAUUUUGUCCCAAAAUUAACACUUUCUAAAACAACAGACAGUAGUCAUGAAGAAAUUAUUGUUUCUGUUGGCAGCAGACAAUGAGCAAACUGAUCAUGACUGUGUGCAUCAAACACUAAAGCAAUGUCAAUAAUUUAAAUUUUUUGAAUGCAUUUAUAAAUGAAUCAAAGAAUUUUUUUGACACAACUGAGAAAGAAGAAACAAGUUAUUUUUGUUCUGCCAUUAAUUUCUGAGAAAAAAAAAUUUUUUUUGUUUAGUGUUAAGGUUUAUCCUUUGGGAUCAAAACAAUGCUAGACAUCUAUAACAUGAUGUCGCUAUCGUACAAAAAAUCUACAAUUAUUAUAAUCAUUUUAUGUGGAUGAGAACAGUCAAAGAAUAAAGUUGCAUUAAAAUGUAGGAUUCUUCUGGAACUUCUGUUAAUUACACAAUCCAUCACAGCAUUGUUUUUUAUUAAGGUUAUGGUUUUGUGGUCAUUUAUAUUAAUGAGAUCAGUCAAAAUAAAAAAUUGUAUUCAAAUCUGGGGGUUUUCUAAACUUCAGUUAUUUUUGUAACCCAUCAUAUCUUUGUUUCUUGAAUUAAGAUCAUUAUUAAUUUUAGAUUUUUCUAAGAGCUAAUGGUAGUGAUUAUGGAUUUGGUUGAUUAAUUUUUUAAGGUUUUUGAAAGUUUUUUUUUUUUUUAGUAAAGAAAAUUUAUUUUUUUACUUGCCAUAAGUGUGAAUAUAUUACUUUUUGUUUAUGAAACAAACAUGAUUGCUUUGUGCCACCAUCUCAACCAAUCAGAUUCAAACUAAAUCCAAUCACAGCUUAGUCACUCAGAUAUUCCCAGGCUUCAUGUAGUUUUCUUGAUUUCACUUUGAGUCCUUAUUGGUUAAUGAUAAUGUAAUUCCUAAUUGUAAUAUGGUGGCUGGUUUUACCCAGUUUGUGUGGGUUUUUCAUUACCCAAUGGAAAACUGCUCUACCUGUAUGCUAUUGAUAAAAAAGUUAUAAUGUAAAAAAGCAGAACUUGAAAAAGAGAGUUUUGAUAUAUUUGGAAACCACUACAUGUUAUCAACUUAAAUUGCAUUUUGCAGAUGAUCCUUCAGUGCUAGGAAGAUUGUCAUUUCUUGAAGAUCCUCUUGGUACACAAAGACUCAGUUUUAUUUCUGCUGAUGGAAGUGAAAUUGACUCAGAUUACAGCUCAGCCAGUUCAGUGGCUCAUUUGUCUGAGGAGCAGAAAACCUUAGAGUACGUUUUGCUUUCCAUUAUGAAAAACCUGAUAUCUAACCCUUUAACUCCCUUAUGUGACAAAGACAGUUUUUUCCUUACAAUGUUCUUGUUAUUGUUCAAAUUUGUUUUUAAGGAGAGAGUGGGAGGUACUCUUUGGUUCAACUACAUAUUACACUAAGGUAAGACACUCCUCUCUUUUUAUCAGGGGUAGUUCAGAAAAUUUCAAGAUUACUGUCAGUGACAGUCUUACAAUCCCUGGAAAAGGAAGAGUGAUGUAUUCUCUUCAAAGUGCUGCUGGCCAAAUACCCACUGCACAAAGGAAGUUGUGUGUGAAGUGCUGGUGUCUUUUUCAUGUAUGAGUAUCUUAUAUCAGUAUCCCUGGAUGUAAAAAAAUUGACUUUAAUAUAAUGACUUUCUCCCUUUGAUUCCUAGAUCAGACAACAUGCUUUGGAUGGCAAGCUUCGGUUGUGCAAGUUUAGGAGUAUUUGCUGGAAAGUAUGUGCAAUUGGUAUUAAUUGGUAUUCAUUAUUCAGGCAUGAAAUCCUCUUUUUUGUGUGUGUUGAGGAGGGGGGGGGGUGUGUAAGGAGGGGAGGGAGAUGAUAUUUUGUAGGUUUUAGGUUUUUCAAUUUCUAUAAACCAGCUAAAGAUAUUAGGACUGAACUAAAGUGCAGGUUGUUGGUGAUGUGUUGAGUGCAUAGCAAGAUAGAAAAAACUCAUCUGGGGAACAUGAUUUGAUUUAACUCCUAAUUCUCAGAGCUACAAUCCUAACAAAUAUAUAAAAGACAGAAUUGUGAUGGUGAAAGGGUUCAUGAGACAUAUCUUUUUUAUGUUAGUAUUAAUUGGACUUUGUGGCUUAAUUAUUGGUUUUAUGAUCAUACAAAUUUUUCUCAGGUUUUCUUGGAGUGUCUCCCUGAACGCAAGGAUGAAUGGAUAACAAAGACAGCUAAACUCAGAAAUGACUAUGCCAUGUUCAAGAACAAUGUAAGAUAUUUCCAUAUUUUGUCUGUAAAAAUAUUAAAUAAUAGGAACAGAAGUUUUUAAAUCAGCUUCUACUCAAUACAAUUAGCCAAUUUUUUAUUUUUUUAUGUGAGAGAUUAGGUAAGGUUUUUUUAUAUAUUUUAUUGAUAAUAAAUAUUGAAAAAAAAGAAUUUGGGUUGUCAAUUUUGAUAUCUUGGGGAUAUGGUAAUAAUGAUAUUCCUGAUACUGUUAAGGGUUGGAGGCCCAGUGGCUUUCAGCUGCUAGUAAGUAUGUUUAUUCUGACCAGUACAUUAUCAGAGUUCUCUGAUAUUUUGCUAGUACCCAAAUGUUUAACUCUUGUUUGGAGAAGGACACUCAGAGAUAAAAGUGUUUUUCCUAAGAACACAACACAAUGAUGAGCACUUGAGCUUGGAUCCAGGGAUGAGAAGUCCUGCAUGCUAACCAUAAUGCCAUCACAUCUCCAGCUUAUGUGGCUGGCAUUCAAUGUGGGGGGUGGUGGAGGUUAUAUGAGCAGAAAGCACAAAGUUUGAUCAUUAGAAUUGGGAGAGCAAUACAAUCAUACCCAUCAUGCCUGCUUACCAUAUUUCCUCGAAAAACCACGUGGUUGCUUAUCUAAAAAUUUUGGCUGAAAGGAGAAGUGCUGAUUGAAGGGUGGUUGCUUAACUGAGGGAGGUGCUUGGUAAGAAAUUAUGAACCUUCACUGAUCCCACAUAGUUGAAGCUUAAAAAGUUGUAAAUAAUUCAAAGUGGCAACAGAAAAAGGUUUUCCGUGUAUGCCUAAUAUUUAAGAAAGUGAAGGAGGAUAAGGGUGCCCUUUUUAGAGGAGGGUGCUUGUUUGAUAUUAUGGCCUUGGGUUGGCAUUUUUUCUGGGAGGGCAUUUAAUAGAGUGUGUGUGUUUAUUCAAGGAAAUACAAUAUUUAGUUCCCCUCCCCCUCCAUCUCUGUAUCUUGACCAUUCUGGUUACCACAUGUCAUCAUUCAGUUUUGUUGCAAAAGAAAAUUGAACUAAAGGUCUACUAUUUAUAUUAAGCAAUGCUUUCCUACUAAAUCAUGAAAUAAUAUUAUGUGUUCUUUAACUUCAGUGCCUGUUUGAUCCAAAUAAGGAAAAGAAUGAGGACCUGGAUUUGUCAGUCUUUAAUCCCCUCUCACAAGAGGAAGCUGUAAGUAAAAUUGUGUGAGGCAUGGAAAAAAACAUGAUAUGAAAUGAAUAUGUUUUUGCGGUAAGAGUGCCUGGAAUCUUGUCCUAGAGUCUUUUUGCAAGUAGCUUAUCAAUGAAAACUUCAAGCAGUUCAAGAGUCUUGAAAGAUGCCAUGCAUUGAAUAUCCAUCUUGGGCCAAUACUUUGAUUCUUUAUUCUGUUCAAUCUUACAUCAAGCUUGAGCUUAACAUCAGAAUUUUAAAUGCUGCUUCAGUUCUGUUGUUCCUUUUUUCAUCCUUCACACUGACAGCUUACACUGUUAUUAUUAUAAUACUAGUUAAUGUAAUUCUGAUUGCAUUACUAAUAACCUGGGCCCAGUUGUAUAAAAGGCAAAUAACACUAUCCAACAGAUAAAUUGCUAUCCAGUGAGUAGUGUUCUCUGACCUUCAAAUAACGGGGUCCUGUACAUUUAUGAACUUGUGAUGCAGCAUUGUCAUUGCUGAAUGUUUAACAAAUCAGUUGUAAUUAUGAUACAUGUAGAAAUAAUUUUUCUUACCCUUUAGAGCCCAUGGAAACAGUACUUUGUAGAUAAUGAAUUGAAGUCCACAAUCAAACAGGAUCUAGAUAGACUGUAAGUCAAUUCCUAGUGUAAACUGUGUUGUAUCAAGACAGCUACAAGCUCAAUUUUUUGAUGUUGUGGGGGAUGCAGUUGUCUAAUCAUCAGUGCACUGGACUUCUAGUCGAGAGGUCCGCUUUCAAGACCUGGCCGGGUCAAUGUGUUAUUUUCUUGGGCAUUCCUUACCUUUACUUUAUUCCAUGUCUUUAACUCAUAACUAUGUCACCAGAAGUUUGGUUUUAGUUUCCAUAAUAAAACUACUGAGCAAAAUGGGUAAAGCUUGGAGUGUAAAUAAGAUCUGAUUAGAAGUAAUUUAAAACUAAACCACUGUAUGAUGCUUGUCUAGAGCUUUGAUUCCUUUAGUCACCAGUCAGAGGAAAUGAGCUGUUACCAUGUCUCAGUGGGAAUCUACUGAAUAUACAUCUGCACAGCAUCCCCCAAUAGGCCAUUUUACAGUUGCCGAGAUUACAGCUACGUAGUUGUCAAGCCUUUGAUUCGGAGUAAGGCUGAGGCUGACCUUAUUGCGAUAGAGAACAGUAUCUAGUUGGCAUAAUAACAUAUUAAUUUAAUUUGAAAAGCAGCAACAUUCUUAUCACAGCAGUCAUCCUUAGCCUCACUUCUGUUCAAAGGCUUGGCAACCAAGCAUGCAACUGAAAGAUGGACUAUCGGGUUUUACUCAGAGAUCUACUGAGAGACAGUUUGCUAUGAUGAUUGUAGCCAGUAAAACAGUAAGAAGUACUGGACUAUGUUACUAAUAGUUUCUGCUUAUACUGGUGUAUGAUGUGUGCCCAUGCAAUAAUGCUUGAGAAGUAAUUCUUAGUCAAAGUAGUUCAAAUUAGCAAUAAACACUUGUAAACAAAAAUGACAGAGAUUGAUCUCACUUUGAUUUCCUGGUAUGAAUAUAUAUUUUGCAGAUCUCCAGAAAUUGAGUUUUUCCAGCAGUCAAAAGUGAAGUAAGUAGAGCAUUUAAUACUAUCCACCCUACCACCAGUUUGCAUAUUCUCUAUAGUGUCCUCUAUGCAUUUAGUAUGGUGCUGACAAGGAGAAUUUGUUUAACAAUCAUGAGCUUCUUUAGGAAGUGAUCAUUUUCUUUUUUUCGUGACCCAAGUGUGUGAUUCAGGAGUGAUGUUUUAGAGAAAAAAAGUUACAUUGUACCAAUCAGUUUUAUUGGUUUAAGGCUUUCAAGAGGCUUAAGUUUUGCAAAGAGAUAACCACUUAGUCCUUAUGUUGAACAUAUGUUUUUUUCUCAGGGAAAUGAUGCUUAACAUACUGUUUUGUCAUGCAAAAAAGAAUGAAGCUUUGAGCUAUAAGCAGGUAUGAUGUUCAAGGUUUUAAAUAUUUGUUACGAGCAUAACCCAAACAAAGAAGAACCCUGUGUUACUUUGGAGAAUUUGAACCCCGGUCAGUUAUGAUUUCACUGUUUGAUAAUCUUUAUCAAAAUAUCUGCAAAUAUUUUUCUGUUAAACCAUUGGUUAAGAGGUGUAUCAUGUACCCUAACUUAAACCUCAGCCUUUCAUGAAUUUCUUUUACAACUAUUCACAGGGAAUGCAUGAGCUUCUUGCACCAAUUGUGUAUGUCCUAACAAAAGAUGCGAUGAUCUAUCAGCAUAUUGAAGGUUCAAGCUUGUAAGUGAGCUCCUUUUUAAAAUUCACAGAUAUUUUCUUGUUUGUUCUGUUAAAUUGCAUGCACUAGUAAAGUAAAAUGAUAAUACUAUUUGUGUUUAUUUCACAGGGGGAUUGCCAAAGUUCUUAUGGACCCAAAAUACUUAGAGCAUGAUGCUUUGUGAGUGUUCUUGUUUUUUUAUUAUUUUUUCUUAUCAAAAGAUUCCAGAUCUCAUUUUGUAAUUCUCCUUACUGUCUGCUAUACAGUUCUUAUGAUAUUGGAUCAGAGAAUUUGGUAUUGGAUCAACUAAUAAUCCUAAUAAUCUGCUUGUCUGAUUUUCUUAGGAGAAAUUCUCAAUUGUUAAAAGUUUUAACUUUAAUAUGGUUUGCAUUUGAUUACUGGAACUUUCUGGAAUUUAGACUUAAAAACAGAUGAUUUUAACCCUUUAACUCCCACAAGUGAUUGAUAUGAAACUUCUCCCAACUAUAUUCAUACAUUAUCCAGCAAAAAAGCAAUGAGAAUACCCAAACUUAUCAGUUAGAAGUUCUUAUCUUGAUCUAACACCAAAUUCUCAUAACUAAUUUACAAGAAAAUCUAAAGAAGCUAGAGGGGAGAAUUGACAAUCACAUCUUGGGAGUUUAAGGGUUAAGGACCCCAAGGAGUAAACUGUGGGUGACACAGUGGUCUAAUAGUCCUGGGGUUGAGAGUCUAGGUUUCAAGAUCUGGCCGGGUCAUUAUGUUGUGGUCUUGGGCAAGACACUUUCCUCUCACAAUGUCUCUCUCCAACCAAGAGUAUAAAUGGGUUCUGACAAAUUGUCAGGGAAGCCUGAUGAAAUUCUGGAGGGGGUAACCUUGUUAUGGACUAGCAUCCCAGCCAGGGGGGAGUAGUAACACACCUAGUCACUUCAUGCUCCAUGGAAAUCAGGAGAAGCUGCGGCUGGUUGGGCCAAUAGACUCAACUACAGACUUUUAAGGAGUAAGCCAGUUCCUGUAAUGUAGUUGUUAAUUGUAUCACAUUGUAUCGUGUUUUUAUAAGUGUUGUGGUUCGAGUAUUGUGUCUUAAUUUUGUUUCAUUGAAAAAUUAAAAAUUGGUAUAUUUUUGUGCCAUCAGUGCUCUGUUUGUUCAACUCAUGGACCAGACAGAAACUUGGUAUCUUCAGUUACCUAUGAAAGGACUUCCUGAGAGAAAUAAGGUUAGUACACCCGUCCUGUGUUUUGCGUAACGUGAUAAAAAAUGGGCUGUGCUUUUGAUUUGUGAAUUUUCUGGGAAGAUUUUGUUACAACUUUCUGAAAGUCAACACAAUUUGAGUUAAUUUAUUUAUUUUAUUUUUGUUAUUAUUUUCAUUUUUGUGUAUGUCUCUUUUUUUCACACUUCAGAAGUGCCACAUGAUUUGACACUUUUUGUUUUUUGUUAAUGCACUUUUUGUUGUUAGUUUUUGGAUCCACAUGUUGAACCGUUCACAGAUCAAGAAAUCAUUCCAGUAAGUUACACUCAACAUGCACACUACUAACCUGGUGUUCAGGACAGACGAUUUUGUAUUCCGCAAAAUUUUUACAGUGUGGUUUGUAUCAGGGUAUCCAUUGUCAAUGUAAUCGCCCUUGGGAGAGGUUCAUUGGGAUAGGGGAAGUACUUUUUAUCCCGGUUUCCGUGGCACGACGCGAUUUGGUUCGUCAUCCUGCCCUAGCUUCUCCUUACAUUUCUUCUGGACAGCUUAUUGAUAUUGUAAGGAGAAAAUUCCUUUUUAGUUAGUCUUGGGUUUAAUCGAUCGGACAGUCAGACCCACAAAGACGCAAAAAUUUUUGUUGCGUUUGAGAGGUAACAUUUAUUUAAUUGUGUAGUCGACAGCCAUUGUAAAGAAACUGAAUCGAAUUCAAGAACACAUGCUGAGGAAACACGACCCUGAGUUGUGGGUUCACAUGAGGAACUUGCAAAUUACUCCACAAGUGUAUGGACUGUAAGUAAAACAAACAACCGCUAUCCCAGAUUGCUCUCAACUCCUAUUUGGAAUCUACUUCGACAGAUACGGAUAUGAUAUCAGGGCGUGAAAUUGCGCCUAAAACAAGCGCAAAUGCGACUAAAUUUUUCACUUUGGCGACCAAAUCCUGAAAAUUAGUCGCCAAAUUGGCGACUAGAACGUUUCAUCAUAACCUUACCUUGAGCUAUAGUAAAUUAAAAAGAUUUGCAAAGACAAAUCCGCGGCAAACUUCCUCAUUAAGUUUGUUUCCAAAACGCAGCACAUGCAUCUCGAUCGAUAACUAGACGCCAUCUUGGAUUUCGGUGAGCUUAAACGUUGCAUAUCAUUCAUCCUAGUGUCCACUUUGUAGCACGUUAAAGAUCUUUUUCCUAACUUAAUUUCUAGAACGAUGACAGCGUAAAAAAAGGUUUUGUUUGUCUUUGAAAAUGGCGACCAACUUUUUCUAAUUUCACGCCCUGGAUAUCCCAUUGAAAUAGUCGCCUAACCUGGUGAAAUAAUAAUUUUUCGUCGCCGGGGGGCGGCUUCACCUUAAAUUUCAGGAAGCACAAAAAUGUAUUAACGAUAUCAUUACUUCUUAUAUGUUUGUUUUAAUUCGGCAGUCGCUGGAUUCGCCUACUUUUUGGACGUGAGUUUCCAAUGGAUGACGUUCUCGUGCUAUGGGAUGCUUUGUUCGCUGAUGGUCCCAUGUUGGACUUGGUAGAUUAUAUUUACAUUAGCAUGCUCAAAGCCAUUAGAAAAAAACGUAAGUUUAAUUCGACGAAGGUUUUUACGGUACAAAAUGGCGACAUUAUUAAAGAGUUUUAAUUCCUUGCCGACGCCUUUCCUCUUGUAGCAAAUUUUGUCUCCUAAGGAUGAGGUGUGGCGGAUUAAACGCGCACUUCUGAACGAUGGGUUUGGUGGAGCCAGAGCGCACGAAACGUCGUUUAUAAAUUCACGUUUUCGCGAAAUGCUUGUUCCUUUCGGUGUGUUGUCACUGCAGUCUGUGUGUACUCCAUUUCUAUCAUAACUGAAAUGGCCCAAAGAACUAGAGCAUUAAGGAUAUUUUGACUUGUUGUUUUUGUUUAUUUGCGACUUAAAUAAUUUACCGGAAUAUGUAUGCAUACAUACAUAUAUAUAUAUAUACAGAAAAGAUGUAAGGAAAUAGCCUCAUCUUGGUGUUAAGCGCGUAAAAUGGUCUAUUUGGUUUGCAAAGAGCGCCUGGUCUAUAUUUUUCUUUAUUAAUUUUUAUUCAUCGCUGACCUACCGGUACUGUCGCAAUGCUGAAAUAGGGUGUUCAAAGAUUAAGAAGUCCCCUCAGUGGUGGGGAACUUAAGACAGAUUACAAAUAACGAAGAUAACGACUUCGGGCAUUAUUUUAUCGGCAUUGUAUCACGAACGGUUGCUCAGAUCCUUAAAGAAGGGCGAUGGAGAACUGCCAUUUCGGUAGCAGCUUUCCAUGAACGGAAAUUGUACUCUUAUCUGCGCUUGUCCAUCGCAUUCUCUUUUGUUGCGAACAUUAUUGAUUUGCAUUGGCCACUUAAAACUUACACUUGAAUUUUGUGUGUCUGCAGUGCUUUCAGGAAGUUACACGGUUUGUAUGGGUUACCUGAUGAAGUUCCCACGUGUCUACGAUGACGUGUACCAUUACGUCAAAGCGGCGUUGGCAAUGAGAGAGAACAAGGUGAGCUGUGAUUGAAACGGUGUUCUCUGUCCUUUUUAUGCUUCCAGACACCCGUAGAUCAAUGUUGUGCUGGUCGUCAUGGAGAAUACCAUACGAGAUUGAAUGAUAGGGAGUUAAAGAUAUCACGACGGCUACGCCUAGGAAAACUUCGAUUAAAAAAUGAGCUUCCGUUUCUUCUAAGAAUCUUGCGAGCAGGUCGGUAAACGGUGCCAGACCUUUUUUUGCAGCGUUAAAUGUUAAUGCAGAGUUGAGUUCGAUUUGCAAAAGUAAAUGAAUUGCUGUGGGAGUUUCUGAUCUCAGACAUGGUAUAAUUCGAUGAUUUCACGUUGCUGUUUUUCAGAGGGCGGCUGGAAAAUGCAAGGAGUUUCAAAACGCACGUGCAAAGCGAUUUUUGUUUUUGCUCAGUAAAACCUUUUUUCACGACAUUCUCGUUUCUCUCGCUGUCGAGGUUUUCUUUAAUUAUGGAGAAAACUGUUACCUUAACAUCUUUGUCUCUUCAUUUUAUUUCCAGCCGUCAUCUACUCAGUCCAGUCCCGGCAUGUCAGGUCCGUCUCCUUCUCAUCCCUUGGACUCAUCCGGGACACUUGCACCGAGAAAAGUAAGACUUUUUGUCACGUGACCUUUCAGGAUAAAUAAAACAUUCUUGAGUAUUAUUCUUAACCAUAUUCUGGUGCAGAAAAGUUUUUUCAAAAUUGAUCUUCUCUGAUGUGCCCAGGUUAAGCGUUUUCCAUUUCUACCUUAAGCUUUUUUGUUGCCGUAGAAACAGGGACCAAAUAGGCCGCAAUCUGCUUUCACGUCAUUUACCAAGCGAUAUCAGCAGUUUGUUGAACCUACAAGACCUGCAUCUGUGAAGCCUGCUGGGAAGACCGUUAGUCAACAGUUCUCCAGCUUCAACAGGGCUGGUUCAGAGGAGGAGCUCUUCUCUAACAGUCCACGGCCAGCCCGACCUGCCUCUGUUCCAGCUCCCGAGUUGAGGGAGCGCGCGGACUCUGGGACGCACUCGGCCGGUCCUGGAAAGAGCUUGAAGUCGCUUAGCAAUCCCCUCAAAGGGAAACUAAUGGCCCGGCCCAGGACUCGCCCCAAAAUUGAAUAUGAAGAAUUGGCUCAGGUUAGGUAGCAACUCGUAAUUACUUGAGAUCUUGCUUUAGACAAUUUCAAAAUAUCUACUUUGUGAAGUGUGUAUGGCUCUUUUAAGUAAUAUUUCAUUCGCUUGAACCUCAGCAAAACGACGCUUUAUCUUUGUUUUCUGAUGUAGGACCACGAGCGACUCCAAAAACAAGUGUCUUCCCUGAAAUCAGAGCUCGAUAAAAUGCAAGGCUUGUAUUUGUACUGCGGCAGGAAAAUGGAUUCGUACAUUGGUGAGCACCAGUGCAUAACCUUUAUUUUUGAAAGUUUUAACGGCUUCUGUUGUUCGUUUUCAUGCAUCUGGAUUACAAGAAAGACGGUGAAAAUUGAGCUCAGUGGUCGAAAAAUGAAAAAUAAUAAAAAUGCACACAGGACGUACCCGACGCUGUUGAUCUUAGUAGUAAACAGGGAACUUCUGAAAUGCGAGGCCUCGCUCGCUAACGAGUCCUCUUUGCCUCGGUUGGUAGAGGUUAGGACCGUGAAACAAAAGGUCUGAGGCUCUCAUCUUCGUUACGAACCCAGAUUUUUUUCCUUUGUGUCAAGUCGUGUAAGAUAUUUGCAAAACUACUUUUACUUAUAGCCUCUUUUUUUCUGUAUUAUUUCCUCAGAUCUUCUUCAAGACGAACUUACGAAGGACGAAGAUUGUGUUCGAGACAUCGUAUAUCUGUGUUUAGCCGGCUUAAAACAGGCAAGGAGUAUUGAUUGUCUGUGAACUUAAACUUUCGACAUGGAUUUUGUUUUUUCUUUCGUAACCACCUUCAACUCCGACAGAGUUGUUUUUUUUUUUUCAUUUUUGACGCUGGAAGGGUGAUGAAAAGAUAGAAGUCCUAAAUUGUAAUGAAGUGUUCUCGAGAGCACUCUUAGGUGAAAUUUCCCAAUUGGUUUAUGAUCGCGGUACUUUCUUGGACUCUGUGGAAGCCCCACAACAGAUAACUGGUUUGCAGAGUUAAACAUUUUAGCGGUCAUAUUAGGUUAAUGUAAGAAACAUGGACGAGGAACGAGAAGUGGGAAAAACGAGAGCCUCUUGAUGACGCGAAUAAGGAGAGACUGAUGCGAAAGACGAUUUUAGAGAUAAUCGGAGCUAUAACAAAAUUCUCGAACGUGAUUGGUUAUCACCAGCCGGAUUUGAGCUCUAAUAGGACACUGUGCGCGUCAUGCUUGUAAUUGGACAGUGUAAUAGGACAGAUAAAGGGACAGUUGACACGUCAUUCCUGUGUAAGUGGACAGAACGCGUCUUGUGCGCCUUGUUGUCUCGCAUUUCGCCGAGUUAACUGGUUUUGUUGUUGUUGUUGUUUUUUUAAUGAAAACGUAUACCUGAUGUCUAGUUUCUUUCUCAAAUUUUGUCAUAAUUUUGAUUAAUUGGUAACAGGACUUCGUGUCGUCCAAUUCUGACUGUAAUCAUACUCGUGACCGACAAAUCAGACUCCCGCUUCGCGGUGGUCCGAUCUUGUUAAUCACCCAUUUGAUUACAAACCGAAUUGGACUCCACUCGGUCCCACAACCAUAAUUAACGAUACAUUUUAUUAAAUUCAAAAUAAAUGUUCAACAGGUUCGGGAUUUAUUGAAAGGAACUUUGGCAUUUCGAGGAUCAACAAUUGAGACAGAGUGUGAUUUUAUGGAGAUUGAUAACAACAUUGCCUCUCGGCUGCAAAUUCCGCCACAGAAUCAACAGAAACACAGUGAAAUUCCAGAGAACCUCCCUGUUCCAAUGAUGGCCAACUUUGGACACUUUGAGAACUCAGAUGAAACUGAAAGCAGCUUUAUGUCUGCUGGUGUUAAGCAAGGAAAUAUUCAGGAAUCUGAGCAUUCCAGCGAGGCAGACAAGGAAAAUAACGGAAAGGAGUUUCCAAUGGCUUCGGCUGAGAUGGAAAGCAUUCAACAGCAGCUGAGAGAGUUAGAAAAUGUAAACGCGGAGAUUUUCGCGGGAAAACAUGAUGGAAAGGCAGAAAACCUGAAGGAAAAUUUUGCUGCUCUUGAAGAUGGGGAAAAUGUUGGUGCAGGAGAUCUGGUGUUUAGUUUUGGCGAAGAAACUGGAAUCUUGGAGUCGACUCAAUCUACUCGUCUGCUUCAAGGAGAGGAUAAAGUCGGUGAUACAACAGCAGAAAGACAUGUUGACAAUUCCGAUCUGCCAUCUCAUGAUAAGUUAAAAAGAGAGAAUGAGAGAAGCGAGGGCGACAAAGAUGAGUUAAAAGCAAAUAAUUUUCAAGGAAUGGAUGGUAGCUUAACUACGUUAUGUGACACCGAUCAUCUGCGUAACGCUACUAGUCAACUUUCACUGCCCAUUUCUGACCCAUUGACCGAGCGAGAGAACAAUAACGACAAUUUUCUUUCAGGAGUAUUACGGGGCGAUCCUAUUGACAGGGAAUUCGUGUUUGUCAAUCGAGACGGCACGGCAGAGAGUGAGCUCAAGCCUAAAUGGCACCCUCUGGAAAACAGCGGUGAAUCUUAGCUUCCCUGAAAACAAUUUGAAUUGUAGAUGAAAUUAAGGAAAAUUUAGUUAUAAUUUUAUAUUUACCUUAGUUUUUUCAUAGUUUUAUUGAAUUAAAUUUUUGUUUUAAAUCGCCUUGCCAUAAAAAGCGUCAAAUUUGUAGAUUGUCCGCUUCGCAGCUGUCACUCAGUGACACUGCCUUAGUGUCACGCAACGUACCGGUAUUUGAGGAUGUGUCGCCGCGUGACAUUCAAUAAAUUGGCAGCAAAGUUGAUCAGAUUAUAGGAGAUUAGUAAAUUUUAUCACAAUUUGUCACGUGAACAGCGACAAAGGGAAAAGUGCAGCUUAUCGAAGAAUUCAAUUCCAUCAUUAACUGGUGACUCGAGUGCUUCGAGGCAAAAAUUUUUAAAAACCCGGGGACGUUUUCUUUACAGUUGGGACACGGAUUGCUUUGUAAGCUACCGUGCAGGACAGAAAAUAUAAAACUAUCCUAAUAUUUACCAUUACAAAUGUUCAGCUGUCCUUUCAGAAGUCAUGUCGUAAUGGCGGUCAAUUCGAUUGAUCACAGGUCUGUUGAUGUUUGAUGUUAAUUUCCGGUAGUUCAACUUCUCCUGCAUGGUUGUGGUUGGCUCCAAUUGGACCAAUUAAAUGAUCCAAGAAAUGUUUGAGGGUCAGGGGACCUUCGUCAUUGGAAAUGACAGUAUAAAGAGAUGUAAUAUCCAUUGUGAAAAGAAGUUUUUCUUGGCUAGGGAAAUAAAAGUUGCC